UACAGUGGAGCGGUGCCUUCACGAGGCAGGACGAGACGAAAAGAGCGAACGUGGAGGAGAGAGUAAGAGCAAGAGAGAGAGAGAGAGAGAGAGAGCAGAAACGUGCGUAAAGCAGAGUGAGCGAGGGAGGAGAGGGGAGAAAGGAAGAGAGAAUUUGCUGAAAGGAAGCAUUUUUGUUGGAUGGGAGAAAAACAACCAUGGAAACUCCAUCAGAAGAAAACCAAGACCAGAGGCAGGACAAAAGAGGUUGCUUUGAGUGCUGCAUCAAAUGUUUAGGCGGGGUGCCGUAUGCGUCGCUGGUGGCAACAAUCCUCUGCUUCUCUGGCGUUGCCCUGUUCUGUGGAUGUGGCCAUGUGGCUCUUACUGGCACAGUGACCAUCUUGGAAACACACUUCUCCAAGGUCACCAGUGAUCACGCCAUGCUGACUGAUGUAAUACAGCUGAUGCAGUAUGUCAUCUAUGGCAUUGCUUCAUUUUUCUUCCUGUAUGGGAUCAUUCUGCUGGCUGAGGGCUUCUACACAACCAGUGCCGUAAAGGAACUGCACAGUGAGUUCAAGACUACCAUCUGUGGACGCUGCAUCAGUGGAAUGUUUGUGUUCCUCACAUACAUUCUGGGUGUGGCCUGGCUCGGUGUGUUUGGCUUUUCGGCCGUGCCAGUCUUCCUCUUCUACAACAUGUGGUCUACCUGUGCGGCCAUGAGGUCUCCCAUAGCCAACCUCACCAACAUUGACUCCAUCUGUGUGGAUGUUCGUCAGUACGGAAUUAUUCCAUGGAAUGCCACACCAGGCAAGGCCUGUGGAUCUACGCUAGGUGAAAUUUGCAACACCAGCGAGUUCUACCUGUCUUAUCACCUGUACAUCGUAGCGUGUGCCGGGGCAGGAGCCACUGUGAUCGCUCUGCUGAUCUACAUGAUGGCUACCACUUAUAACUUUGCUGUUUUGAAGUUUAAGAGUCGAGAAGACUGCUGCACUAAGUUUUAAACUGUUUUAGGAGCACGGUACAGCAUUUGAGGCUGUACUGAUUAGAGACAGUUGCCACUGACAACAAAUAAACUAAAAAAAAAAACCUGAGAAUAGAAAAAUCAACAUCUCUCCAUUAGUAAUCAUAUGAAGUGUAAAUAGCUGACUGUAUGCUUCCUUUAGCAUUUGGUAUCCGGGGAUAUUUUUUGUCCGAGGAGACCUGAUGAAAGUUGUCUUCAGAUUGGGGUGGUGUUUAGUUGGCUGGUUUGUUCUGCUUUCCUUGGCACUCACUUUUAGAAAUGUGUCACCAUUAGAUUAUAUUGAAAUGCACACAGCUAGAAAUCCACAACAGUGUUAUUUAUAUUCGUAAUGCGUAAAGCUGAUUUUGACCUGCAUAAAAGUAGUAUUUCAAAUUAUUUUUUAAGACUUACAGUAUUUAGCUUGCAGUACGUCACUUUCUUGCAUAACAGGACGAGCAUCAGUUGACUGCAGUCAGAGCUGUAAUGCGAAUUUGUGCACAAACUCCUGAGGCACUUGUGGAACAUUAAUGUAAGAUUGUUGCGCAGGUUGUAACACACACUUUUAAAAAUGAUCUAAGUUGGAAAUGAGACCAUCAAGACAUACACUGCACCACGCCCACAUAGAUGUGCAGUAUAAAGCUCUGAAAUUAGUCCAUGAGGAUAUCUGAUGACAAAUACUAAAGGUGUUCUCAGGCUUUGUUUUUGAUUGCCAGAUUAGCAGUUUUGGCGAGGAUGAAUUCUAGUGCUACAUCUGUAAAAGGAUGAGCUACAGAGGCAAAGUGCCUUGUAUUGCCUUAUUUUUCUUUGGUUUAUCUUUCCUUAGCCUUCAAAUUUUGGUGCCGACCCAUGAAACCAUGAAGUGUUACAUGGAAAAUAUUCAGUAUUAUUUCUUUUGUCACAAGUUAGAUAGAUUUAGAUUCUAAACUGAACUAAAAACCUUUCAUCAACUGUAUUAUGCUGAUGAGUAUUAUGGUGACCAGUGUUUUUUGUAGAUUUCAAAUUAACUGCACAUACCUACGUAGAACAGCACACUAUGAAGGGUUAGGCCAGUACCAGGGGUAUACUUCUGCAUGAGGCCCUAAGCCUCACUUUAAUUUCAUGUAUUUUAUAAAUAAAAAAAGAAAUUUCUCCUAUUUUAGAGUAGAGUAAAUGUAUUUUUUUCUAUGAGGGCUGAUGCUGGUAUAGCCUCAGCUAUGAAGUUGAUGUUUUGUUUCCUACAUUUUUCCUUUUAUUCCUUCUCAAAGUGCCAUUAAAGAGCCAUUUGUUUUUAUCUUAACACUGAGCCUGCAUGCUUACAUUUUUUUCAGAUUCUUUGAUCUGUUUAUAGUUACUUAUACUCCAUAUAUCAUAUAUUUAAUUUUCUCUUAUGUUUUUGAAGACUGUAGCUUUUACUUUCUAUAUAAAAUAAACAAUCUUUGUUUACAAAAGUAUCCCUACUUGGUCUAUUUCUUAUCAAUCGUACAGCAGUAUAAUACUGAACUGCAUAUGGAUCAGGGUCAGAUUCACAAAAACUCAUGCUUUGCACUAACCUCAAGCUUUUACUGCUGCAUAAAACUCACAUGCACAACCUGCGGCACUCUUUCUCUUCUCUUUCUCACGUCUAAAAGGUGUUCUGUAGUAUUGUGCGUAGCAAAAUAGUAACAUAACUCCAGUAUUAGUAAUGAUUGUAACAGUUAUGUUACAACAAUUGUCUUUCUGAGUAAUGUCGCCCUUGUUCGUUAAGUCUUUUUAAAAGCGUAACUUUAUCUGUUUGUCUGUGAUGUGUAGCUCGGACUCCUGUAGCUUGCUUUGCAUCUUUGACAUGCUCACCGGCCAUCCACCUCACCCUUCUCUUCCAGAUCCACUUCCUCAUGAUUCUCUCAGCAAACUGGGCCUACCUUAAGGAUGCCAGUCAAAUGCAUGCCUACCAAGACAUCAAAAUGAAGGAAGAGCGGGAGCUGCAGGACAUCACCUCACGCUCAAAGGAAUGCCUCAAUUCCUACACAUAAGGAUAUUACACACUCACAAUCCACACACACAUGUAAAGACACAUAGACACUGCGGCCAACCACUGUGGCCCCUUUGGACCAAGACAACGCUCCACUAAAAUAACCUGCCAACUGCCGUGACACUGUGCAGUACUAACCAGGCUCCUAACAAACUAAUGCAUCAGUGUUGCUUUCUGCACUAACUCACCAAGAAGUAUUUUGAAACUGCUACUUAAAAUUUCAUUUCUAUUUUUAUGAAGGAAAAAAAGGCAAUUUUGAAUUCUGAUAUUCAUGUAGUGUUUGAUUUUCUCUAGCCCUUUUUAUAGCCAGUUUUUUGCUGGCGAUGCUUGAGACAUUGCACUAUUCUUAUACAACGCAUAACGAUGCCUUGUUUGUUUUACGGUCUUGCUCUGUCUUUCUUUUGAGCUGUAGUGGCCAGUUUUCAACAAGGCGAUACAAUAUUUGGUUUGCUUUUUUUCCAAUCAAAAAUGCAGACUAAUUAUACACAACAUGAAAGGCCUUACAUUCAGAGUUAGCAUGACAUUUCUAGAUAGCAUGUCAGAAUCCAAUUAUAAUGACACAAGAUAAUAAUAUUGACACAAGACUGGCAUGUCACAAGGCAUGUUUUUUCUUUGAUUUCACAGCAAUGAAAUAGGUCAAAUCUAUAAUGUGGACCCAGUAGUUCUGUUAUAUUCGGUGGUAUUUAACUGCAUCUUAAUCCCAGUGUUAAUCAUUUGGUUCUAGAUUUCAUUGUACAGCUACUUAAAAAGUCACGCAGAACAUUCAUGGCCUAUAAUAACACUACCUCAGGUGUGCACUAGAGCCUAUGGAACAAUUUAUUAGAAGAAACACUUCUCCUUUGCAAAACUAUGGUUUGAAGAUCCUAUUAUAAUCACACACACCAGGAGCUCCUCUACAUGACAUUAUCAUAGGGUUUAAUCUUUAUGGACAAUGCCAUAAGAAUAACUAGCUUGCUAAAUGUGAACUGUUGCCAAUAAUUAGACAAAGGGAUAGUCAGUGUAUUCAAUAUCUUUAAAAGUUUGGUCCGCGUGCAUUCAUUUAUGCAAAUGACAAAAGACAGAGAGCGCUCUCUGAUCCAUCAUAAAUGUUUUUUUAGCUCAUUGUCUAUUGUAAUAUCUCAUAUAUUGUAAAAAUAUGAUCAAAAAUUACUUGAUUUUGAAAAACCUUAUGAACAAGUGUAAGUAUGUCCCAUGUGCAUUGGUACUAUGGAAAAAUCUACAGAACUUAAGGUGUGAAAAAUGUAGACUUGAUAAAAGUCAGGAUUUUUAGCUUAUUUUUCAAGAUAAAACCACUUCAUUUGUGUUCUUAAUUUUCUAUUAUUGCACCAGUUUUUGAUGUGCAAUUGUCAUAAUGCUGACAUAAUUACUCAUGUAAUCUUUUAUUUCUAUUAGUUUAGUUACAGAGAUAAGUUUCUUUGUUGCAUGAAGACAACUGUUUCUGCAGUGACACGUGAUGUACAGUCAUGUAUACUGACAUCAGUAGUAGGCAGUGUUUGCCUGUCUCCUUUUUUUCUAAUUAAAUACAAAUUAAUCCUUUUUUUUGUAGCUGAUUAGUUAUGUUUUUUAGGUUCUUUUCUUUAAAGUCAAAAGUAUACAUGUUUUAUAUUAUUUUGUUGCCUGAUAGUAUACUUGUAUUGUCUAUGAAUGUCAAGGGCUUCCUCGUGAAUAUCUGAUGCUUAACAUUUAAAUAAACUUUCAAAUAACUAGAUGCAACACCAGUCAUUUAAAAAAA